AUGAUUCUCGUAAAGCACGCUGCCUACCACUGCAUUGGUGAAAUAGGAAAGUAUGGAAAUUUAUUGCUGAGUGCAAUGCUUUGUGCUUUUAAUUAUCUCGAGAUCAAGACACCCGUGUUUUCCACCUUCUCUUUCCCUCCUAUGUUCAAUAUGGUAGUGGAGUGUGUACCAGGAAUUCAGCUGCAACCUAUAGACGCCACAACAAUUGAAACCCCUUCACAAGUCGAGAUCAAUCACUUAGAGGCAGUGUUAAACGAACUGGAACAUGACUUCGUUGGUCUCAACAAGAAUGAUAGCCAUCUCAGGAAAAAUCUCAACGAAACCAGAGAAUUUCAAUAUGUAUUGCAGCGAGUUGAGCAAUUUUUCGAAGUGCAUAUGGAAGAUGAAGCAAUGAAUAACAUUGAAGUGCCACAGCCCGAAGUUCGUGAAUUUCUUGAUCACGGGUUGGAUAAUUUCUCAAAGUCGGUAACUCCUGGAGGCCACAUUUCUGGUCAAAACGAUAUUCCUCUUACACCGCUGCUACACGAUAAGGAAGGGGAGAACGCUUGGUAACU